UUCCUUUAAAGAUGAGCGCUGCAGCAGGAUUCGCAACGUCCUUCCAAUUCAACCACCACCACCACCACCACCACCACCACCAGCCAGCCACCAGCAACCACUACUCCACACACACACCGCAGCGCCAGAGCAGCGGCGGCAGCGACGAAAACCAGCACGAGCGAGCGUACCGGACCGAGUCGUCAGCUUCCACGUAUGCAGAUCACCGCAUUCGGAACAACAACGCUGCUCCCAAUCCGAACCGCAGCAGCAAGCACUCUGGCGACCCCACCGUCGUCGAAAGCGGGUCGUACUUUGUCUCCAACCAUUUCCGAAUGCACCAGCUGCACGUCCUGGCGUCGCCCUCGGACGCUCUCGUUGGCGCUGGACAGUGCUCUGCGGCUGCCUCAAAUUCUACAACUUUUGUCACAAACUCCCAGACGACAUUAUCGUCGUCCACCCCAUCCCAUCCAUCCCCAUCGGCACCAACAGCAACAACAACCCUUGCAGUGAGCUCAAGCACCGCCAGCGAGAGCACCAAUCCCGACGAGACCUGCUGGUUGCUCGCUCUGCCGCAUGACCUGCUGCACGAAAUUCUACUCAUUCUGGACGCGAAAUCCCUCGCCAUGCUCGCUUGCACGUGCCGGGCGCUCCGGGACCUGGCUCAGAACGACGUUUAUUGGAAGCAUCUGUUUCGCGUCGAUCGGCACACUUGGCCACACUACGGCGCACCGGUGCCCAAUCGCGCCUUCACAUCCAAGCGGCAGCUGUAUCUGGCAUACACGCCCAACAAUCCCGCGGCCGUCAAUGGUCUCCACGUUACGCCCAAGCCGUCUGCUCGCGGUAUUUUCAAGACCAUGAAGCGGGCCGUGCUCGGCCAAGCUGUCCGCAUGGCCAUCUUUGGACCCGGACUGGAGAACGCCCAGCAGCUCCCUGUCGUGUCAAGCCUCUUGUUCAACCCAAUGUCACCCCUGCGCGCCACGCGCAUGUAUCCAGGCAUUGCAGGGGUUGGUUCGGGUGUAGGCGUCAGUAUCAACGGUAUUGUGCUCAACCUGAUGACCCUCUACCGAUCCACGCAAGCCAAACGACGCACAACCAGCGUUCAACAAGUCAACCAGCUUUCCGACGGCUUUGGCCGCCUGAGUCGCGAGAUGAGCCAACUAUGCAAAACCGUCGACACCUACGCCUUUGUCGUCGAUGCGACACAGCUGAUCGAGCUGUCUGCCAGCGAUCGCGAGCUGGAUCCCGAGCGUGCGGAAGCACACGAUUCGUACAUUGCAGACGCCCGCAUCGAGCUCUCGCAAUUGCUAUCCGAUUAUAACGUUGCCAAAGAUGCGCCGCUGAUGGUCUGGGCGGUCGAAUUGGCCCCGAGCGACGCCUCGACAUGGCUGCCCGCUCCGAUUGCCAACAAUAGCAAUGCGCCAAAUCCAGCUCGUACCGCUGACGGUUCCAGCGACACCGCACCCUACCUUCCCUGGAAGACGGCGUCUGGCAAAGUUCGCACUGCGUCUGCAGCCACUGUCGCUGAUGCUCUCGAGCUCCAUUCCAUUGCUCGUCCAUGGCGCGUGUUUUCGGUGGACAUGAGCACCUUCCAGAAUGUCCGCGACUCUGUCGCGUGGAGUGUAUCUCAGAUUUAGUCAGUGUGUGUGUGUCGGUUGGCUUUGACAGUACAGUAAGAUGGAGUGCUUGGUACAGUACAGUUCAAGCAUUAAAUAAAAAUUGAAGAACUUGUA